GUAGUAAUCAAUGUUGAAACACGAGCUCGGCGCUCUGUUUGAGUGAGUUCAGAGCAUAUUUCAGCGUGCCUGAUAUCCAGCUUUGUAUACAUUAUACGUCAAUAAUUAUGGCUGAAAUAACAUUAACUAAAAGCAAAUUUAAGAAAUUAUCUACUAAGGAAGAAUUGCAAACUUUGACAAAAGAGGACUUAAUAGAUAGAAUUUUACAACUAGAGGCACACAAUUUACAAUUAAAAAAUAUACUGAAUAAGCACUUGCAAGAUGGAACUCAGAAAAAAUCACAAUCAAGUAGGAGUGGUAAAGAGUUUGACUUUUCAAAGACCUACAAUCGACAUAUUCUUUUGAAGUUUUAUUACCUUGGCUGGUCCUAUCAGGGAUUUGCAGUUCAAGAAGACACAAUAAACACAAUUGAGCAUCACAUAUUUACAGCACUUACAAAAAGUUGCUUAAUCAAGAACCGAGAAGAAUCAAAUUAUCAUCGCUGUGGUAGAACAGACAAAGGUGUCAGUGCUUUCUCUCAAGUCAUCUCCCUGGACAUUCGAAGUAAACUGAAACCAGACAAACAAAAUGAUCUCAAAGAAGAGUUACCAUACUGCAAAAUAUUGAACAGAUUAUUACCCCAAAAUAUUAGAUGCAUAAGCUGGGCCCCAGCUGCUGAUGAUUUUUCUGCAAGAUUUAAUUGCAAACAGCGCACUUACAAAUAUUUUUUCCCAAGAGGAAAAUUGAACAUCGAUGAUAUGAAUGCGGCAACAAAAUACAUUAUUGGCACUCAUGAUUUUAGAAAUAUAUGUAAGAUGGAUGUUGCGAAUGGAGUGGUGUCUUUCAUCAGAGCUAUUUCAAAUGCUGAAAUCUCGUUAUGCGCCAAAGAUUCGAAAUACAGUGAUAUUUCAGGCUAUGACAUCUAUCAGCUCACUAUAACUGGGCAAGCAUUUCUGUGGCAUCAAAUUCGAUGCAUUAUGGGCAUCUUGCUGUUGAUAGGCCAGGGUGACGAAAAACCAGAAAUAAUUUUGGAUCUAUUGGAUAUUAAAAAAGUGCCUAGAAAACCUCAGUACAACCUGGCACACGAAGUUCCCUUAAACUUGUUUCAUACUCAUUUUGAAAUUGAAGAUUGGUUCGUCGAUCAAGACGAAAUGAUUCAAGUUAUAAAAACUUUACAAUCUGACUGGGCAUUAAACGUAAUUAAGACUGCAAUGACUAGGGAAAUGCUAGUAGACUUACAAACCAAACGUACAAGUGCUACUGAGAUAAACUCUCAAUGCGACUGCUUGCUGCAAGGUGUGAAAUCCAAGACUUACCAGCCUUUAUUACAGCGAACAACUUGUGAAACCCUUGAAAACAGAAUUGAACAUUACGUAAAGAAGAGGAGACUGGAAGUAAAACACACUGAAUCGGCCGAUAGUAUAGGGUCGAUUUCGUAGAAUAAUAAGAGUAGAAUAAAAAUAUUUCUAAUCCACAAUAUUGAGUAUUUCGAGUAAUUUUCAUAUCUCAUGUUUAUAGAGUAUUUUUAUUUUACGAAUAUUAAAUAUUUAUAUCUUACGGAAA